CGCCAAGCAUCCUAUCUGCUGGCGGGACAUCGAAAACUCAACAUGAAAGUUCUCGUCCUUUCCUCUCUCUUCGGAAUGGCUCUUUGCCAACAGUCAUCAGAAGGCCAGUGUCCAGAUUGGGCUAAUGAAACAGAGUUCGGCGUCUACCAAAAGGCAAACAAGAGUUUUAAAGCCAGUAAAACGAAACGGUUCCAUCUGGUAAAACUGUCUACUAAUGGUAGCCUAUGGAGCAAAGAAACAACUUGCGUGAAGGUUACCGCAGUAGAGACAUCUGUAGAUGUUUUCAACAUCACAGUGAGCUAUAAAAACUCUAGUGUUGUGCAAACCGCUUUUUCAACCGCGACUCUAUUGAAUGUGUACAACUACACUGGCAAGAAGAAUGGCUUCAGGAAUGAACCACAUGGUUACGAACUGUGGGUGGUCGAGGGAAAACAAGGCCACGUUCCAGCCUGUUGCGAUUUUCUGUACAAAUAUCUGACAUUGGGCAUGAAAACACGUGCACUGUACAGCAAAGACUGUGAAAUUCAAGUCUCGAACGGAACAGGAGCAAUAGAAACGAAAUGCUGACACAUAAAGUGUAAUGUAGAGAGCUACAAAUGUAGUUUGCUAGUUUAGCUAAUAAAAA